AUGAGCGGGUCGAUCAAAGCUAUCGACACCAACUCUGUCCAUCGGAUACAUUCCGGUCAAGUAGUCCUUGACCUCCAGGGAGCUAUCAAGGAAUUGGUAGAAAACAGUCUUGAUGCUGGUGCUACUGCAAUAGAUGUCCGAAUAAAAGAUAAUGGUUUGGAUAGCGUGGAGAUCUCAGAUAAUGGAUCAGGAAUAGCAGAGACCGACUGGGAAUCUAUAGGUCUGAAACAUCAUACAUCGAAAUUACCUUCUUUAUCCGAUUUAUACAAAGUGACAACAUUCGGAUUCCGAGGUGAGGCUUUAUCAGCGUUAUGCGCUUUAUGCGAGAGUGUAACGGUCGUUACGUCCACCAAGGAGACUGCUCCUAUGGGGGCUAUCAUCAAGCUAGGUAGAGAUGGUAGAGUCAUAGAUUCAUCUGGAAAAAUUGCUAGACCACGUGGGACUACCAUCACCCUCACUGGACUUUUCGCUCCCCUCCCUGUCAGACGCAAAGAAUUCGAAAGGACUGUUAAAAGGGAGUUGACAAAAGCACUUACGCUACUUACUGCUUAUGCGCUGGUACCGGCUAGUGUAUCAUUGUCAGAUGGCAGGAAUGGGGUGAGAUUGAGAGUUGAAACUAUAAGUGCGGGGAAAUCAGGUAAACGAAAUAUUCAGCUUUCCACAGAUGGAAGAGGAUCCCUCAGAGCGUCCGUCGGUUCGGUAUGGGGACAUAAAGCUCUAGAAGGUGUACAGGAUAUUAAUCUCGAACUGGACGUUGAAAUCGAUAGAGUCAUGGCUAGAAGAGAAGGAAUAUCAGAAACGAAUCAAAUUAUCAAAGUUACCGGGUUGAUAUCUUCCGCUCAAUGGGGACAAGGUCGAUCAAGUGCCGAUAGACAAUUUUAUUUUAUAAACGGGAGACCAUGUAAUCUCACGAGUGUGUCCAGAGCAAUUAACGAAGUCUACAAAUCGUUUAAUACUCACCAGGUACCAUUAGCCAUUUUGGAUUUCCAAAUUCCACCUCAAAGCGUCGAUAUCAAUGUCAGUCCGGAUAAGAGGACAAUCUUCGUACAUAGUGAAGAUAAAUUGAUUGAAGCGCUGAAAAUUGCCCUGGACGAAUAUUUCCAACCUUCUCGAUCUACUUUUGCUGUGGGAGGUGCUACUCAGACGGUCAAAAAUAUCCGACAGACUCAAUCGCAACUGACCCAGUAUGGCAAAAGUGCCGUAUCAGCGGAUGAUGAAGGGGAUGACGACGAUGAUGACGAUCAGAAUUUGGGAAAAGAGGGAGAUGACGAGGACGAGGAAUCGAAUGGCGAUGCCAACAGCGACGUCCAAGAGGAAGAAGGUGAACCUAAUGAACGAGCAGUGACAAUAGAAGUUGACCAGCCGGAAGGAGAAGAAGAAGAAGAAGAGGAAGCCACACCCCCAACAACUCGAAGAAGCAAAUCGUCACCCAUCAUUCAGAUUGAUACUGAAUCAGAGGGCGAGCCAGAAUUGUCCCUCCCAUCAAGAAGAUCCUCACAGAGUCGCGCCGUCCCUGCAUCUCCUGCCUCAAUACCGAAACGGGUUGUCCAACAGACCCUCAAUACGUCCAAAGCCUCUUGGUCGCCCGAUAGUAAGUCUCGAUCUGGUUCUCGGUCGGCCCGUGCGGGUCCAGGACCCAGUACGAGAGAAGCUAGGAUGGAUUUGAGGAAGAAGCUGGAAGUCUACGCUAGUCAGAGCGGGAAGGUUGUUAGGGACGAUAGUGACGGAGAAGCCGAGGAAGAGGCAGAUUCGGCGGGUGAAGUCGAUGUAGACGCAACUGAGACGGAAGUUGAGGAGAAUGAAGACCGAGAAGAAGUCAUAGAAGAUGUUGAUCAUGACGCGGAGACUUCGAAUGACGAUCAUGAAAACGGCCUGGACGGGAUCGAUUCAGACGGUGAAGACGCCAAUAAUACCGACACUGCUCUCAAGAGAGCUCGACCACCUGACGAACCUCUGUUCGAGGAUGAUCACGAUACUUCACCUAUAGUUGGAGAAGAUCCAAUGGAAAUUGAAGAAACCCCUAUACCUAUAUCCAUCCAUGUUGAAGCAGAAGAAACGGAACGACCAGCUCCAAAACGUCAAUCGACCAGUUAUCGCGAUGAAAUCAGCUCAACAGGUAUACAAGGUGAAAUGAAAUUAUCUUUCAACCUCGAACGACUUAGAGCGAGAUAUGACUUAAAGAAACAACGUGAAUCUGCCCAUCACAGUAAUAGUGGUGCGAAAGAUGCUUUUGGUAUGAUUAAGGAAGGUGGAAUAUCCGAUGCGGCAGGUAUAUCUAACAAGAACAUGCAACUUGCCGAAGAAGCUUUAUCGAGAGUGAUUUCCAAAGAAGAUUUCACAAAGAUGGAAGUGUUAGGUCAAUUUAACAAAGGUUUUAUCAUUGCUAGAUUACGACACUUCUCCGAUGAUGAUGAUAUCGAAACACGCGAAAAGGGUACGGCGACGGAUGAUCUGUUUAUUGUUGAUCAACAUGCUUCGGAUGAGAAAUAUAAUUUUGAAACGUUGCAACGAACGACGGUUAUCAAAGGACAAGCGUUAAUAAAACCUAGACCAUUACAACUCACCGCGAGUGACGAGAUCAUCGCUAUGGAGAAUUUGGAUAUCUUAUCCAAGAAUGGAUUUGAUGUCAAAGUGGAUGAGGAUGCUUUACCAGGUAAAGGUGAGAGGAUCAAUCUUGUGGCUAUGCCUGUAAGCAAAGAGACGACAUUUGAUUUUAAAGAUCUCGAACAGUUACUCCACAUGUUGAGUGAUAGUUCAAGAACUCACGGUCAGAUGGUCAGAUGUACAAAGGCUAGAUCGAUGUUCGCCAUGAGAGCUUGUAGGAAGAGUGUGAUGAUAGGGAAAAGCUUAAAUAAAACACAAAUGGUUAAUUUACUUAGAAACAUGGGUACCAUCGAUCAACCUUGGAAUUGUCCACAUGGUAGACCAACAAUGAGACAUUUAAUAAAAAUUGAUCAACCUACCAAAUCACGUUCUGGGAAAGAUAAAAUAGAUUGGUCGAAAUGGAAGAAGUCGCAAGGUAUCUAG